AGAGGUCGCAUCCUGGCGAACUCUGGAUGUCUGAGUUUGCUAGUUUUAGGGGAAAUAAUUUGCCAUCAACGACUCCCCAUGGGUCAUAUAGGAGAGAAAUUGGAAAUAUGUAGUUAUCUGCAAGGAAGAGCUUUUGAAAACCCUCUUCCUAUUUGCUUGUUAAUUUUCCAGACAUUAACAUUAAUGAGAUCUAUUUAUCUAUAAAAGAAGCACUAACACAGUGGAGUAAGUUUUUCCGCAUUAAACUGAUGGUGGCAGCUACCAUGCUCUAGUUUACAUUCAUCCUAAACAACUUUGCCUUACUGGAACUCUUACUGUUAGCAGUUAGCUAGCAGUGAUCAUAUGUCCCGCCCAAGUUGGUGUUACCACCUUGUUAUGGAAUGCGUUGCUUUGCUUCCAGUGAAUCGGAAGCUCACUGUGACAUUCAGACUGCUCUGGCAAUUUGAACUUCUAACUUGGAGCUCUUAAUACAGCACAGCAGCUAAACCCUACAGAUUGUUUUUCUUCUCGCUCUUGCUCUCUGCAACUUCUUUGGGACUUUCUGGUGCAGUAACAUUUAGACGGUUGCAAGUGGAGGAUGGAUUCCCAAAACAGAGGGCAUUCCUAUGCGAUUCCAGAGAAUGAAGAAGUCUUGCACACUUGCCAGAAUGGGCACAACGAUCAUGGAAACGAAGGCGAGAGAGCCGUGUCAAAAUUGCAGAGAAGGCACAGUGACAUCAAAGUAUACAAAGAGAUAUGUGACUUUUAUGCAAGAUUCAACAUGGCAAAUGCUCUUGCCAAUGCCAUCUGCGAGCGCUGUCGAGGAGGCUUUGCGCCUGCAGAGAAGAUUGUGAACAGCAAUGGUGAGCUGUAUCACGAACAGUGUUUUGUGUGUGCCCAGUGCUUCCAGCAGUUCCCUGAAGGACUCUUCUACGAGUUUGAAGGAAGGAAGUACUGUGAGCAUGACUUUCAGAUGCUUUUUGCCCCUUGCUGUCAUCAAUGUGGGGAGUUCAUUAUUGGUCGCGUUAUUAAAGCAAUGAACAACAGCUGGCAUCCAGAAUGCUUCUGCUGUGACAUCUGCCAGCAGGUGUUGGCAGACAUUGGAUUUGUGAAGAAUGCCGGCAGACACCUUUGUCGUCCCUGCCAUAAUCGGGAGAAAGCCAGAGGCCUUGGUAAAUACAUUUGCCAGAAGUGCCAUGCUAUCAUUGAUGAACAGCCUCUCAUCUUCAAGAACGAUCCAUACCACCCUGAUCACUUCAGCUGUGCGAACUGCGGGAAGGAACUUACUGCUGAAGCUCGAGAACUGAAAGGGGAACUGUACUGUUUGCCUUGCCAUGACAAAAUGGGUGUCCCCAUCUGUGGAGCAUGCAGGAGGCCAAUUGAAGGGCGUGUAGUGAAUGCUAUGGGCAAGCAGUGGCAUGUCGAGCAUUUUGUAUGUGCAAAAUGUGAAAAACCAUUCCUAGGCCACCGUCACUACGAGAGGAAGGGACUGGCAUACUGUGAAACUCACUACAACCAGCUUUUUGGUGACGUUUGCUUCCACUGCAAUCGUGUCAUUGAAGGAGAUGUUGUGUCUGCGUUGAACAAGGCAUGGUGUGUGAACUGCUUCGCAUGUUCUACUUGCAACACAAAGUUAACACUCAAGAACAAGUUUGUGGAAUUUGAUAUGAAGCCUGUCUGUAAGAAGUGCUAUGAGAAAUUUCCUCUGGAACUCAAGAAGAGACUAAAGAAGUUAGCUGAAACUUUGGGAAGGAAGUGAGACACCCUGUUUCACAUUUCAUCAUGCAGUACAACAUUUAUGAAUGGAUAACUUUGUUACAAGUGUCAUUUCGUUAAGUAUUUGAAACUUAAGUUCAAAAAAAAAAGUAUUUCUCUUUUCUUCUGGCAUUAUUAGCUUCAUACUAAAAUGUUUGCCUUGCCUUUAAAAAAAUACCUCGAAGCCCCUUAACAUCUGAGGAAUAUGUGGUUUUCCUGAUGUAGUUGGACUGCAGAUAAAAUCAGGCCUAGCCAGCAUAAUAAAUGAUGAUGGUAGUUGUAAUCCAAUAACAUCUAGAACCCCAUGCAUUCCCUAGCUCCACUCUUCAUAUUAUGUCACCUCAUAUCCAACCAUUUAAAUUAUAUAUUACACUUAUAUAAAUUUGUAGAUAAAUACAUUUAUAUUUGCUCAGUAGAUAGUGAGUGAAAAAUGAGUUGAUGCUGGUGCUAAAUAGCUUAACUGGGAAUAAUCUAGCAGAUUUUCCUUAACAAAUAGACCAAACCCCAUUUUAAACUCUUAACACAAUUUGUCUCUCAAGUGAAGAUAGUUGAGCAAAAUAGAAAAGAUUUUUAAAGCCUACAUCUAGAGUCAUAGAUGUGCCCAGCAGCCUAUGUGACAGAUUUCUUACCACCUAACCCCCAAAACUGGCUCUAGAACAUUUUCCAUCCUUCUAGAAUAGGUUUUGAGGGGUGCAUGGGGGACUGCACUGAGGGAUACCCAAAAGGUGCAAAUAGAUCAUCAGAGGCUGGAAUUGUUGACAAGAAUACUGUUGCUUAACAUAACAAGUCACAGCUAGAAUAGGCCCAUUCGAAUCGAUGGAACAUAUGGAGAAAUUGAAUCAUCAAAUCCCCACUGAUUCAGUGGUCCUGCUUUAAUGUGUCUUCUUAUGCUAAACAAAAGGAUUUCAGCCAUUAAGUUACAUUUAAUUUAUGGAGCUUAUUUCUGAGUAGAAAAUACAAGAUAAACUGCUAAGUGUCCAAAAAAAUCACCUACUCAUGGGCAUAUAAUUAAAUGGUCACCAAUAUCUAUAUACAUGUGUGUGUUUUAAGGCAUUCUUGUAUCACAAAGAAUCUCUUCUGCUGAAGCCUUUGCAGUGUAAAUGAAAAUUUAAGACAACCUGUCCCCUCCCCCAUGAAGUUGGACUACAGAUUGCAGCAUCCUCUGCCAUUCAUUGUUCUAGAAGGAGUUGCAGUCCAAGAAAAAUCUAGGGAGGCAAGUUGCCUGUGCUUGGUUUGGGGAUCAUUCUAGCUGCUAGAAUAUCUCUUACUCAGCUGUGAGCUUGAGUGUAGUCAUAUUAAAAUCUGUGACACCAGUGCCUAGAAAUGAUCAGGGCUCUGAAACUGGUAGUUCUGGUUAGAAAGGGUAGAAGGCAGUAGAUAAAGAGGAAGACCUAAUGUGAGACAGAGAAAACAAAGGUACAGAAUUAGUUUACAAAACCUGAGCAGAACUUAAAGUGAUGGGAUCUUAAGGCACAUAAAAACAAUGUGCUUGACAGCACAUAACACCAAUAGUUUUCAUUAACUAAUAUCUGUUUUUGAGCUAACGAGAAAUACCAGCUAGAUUUUCAAAAACGUUAUGCUGUUGCCUUGGCUAUAGAUUUAAUAAUAAUAGUAAUAAAUUUGAAAUAGCAGUCUCAAAACUUUGGAAGAAACCAUAUGCCACCAGGAAGUCUUUUUAGUCUUGUUUGUUAAAUUAUGAGAAAGAACCUGAGAUAUUUACAUUAUUGAAGAAAAAAACUCAGAGUACUAUCUAAUACUGACUGAAAUCCUGUUGUUUAGCAUAUUAAGUUGCAACUAGAAUAGACCCUUUAAAUUAGUGGAACCUAUGUAGGUGGUGACUUACAAAAUCCUCACUGAUUCAGUGGGCCUACUUUAGUUGCAUUUUACCACACUAAGCAAUAGUAUUUUAGCUUUAAGUUAGACCAUUAAUGCAUCCAGUGCAGUUUUGUCAACUGACUGGCAGGAUCUGUCCAGGAGUUCAGACUGGAUUCUUUUUUAGCUGUAGCUAAGAAUCCUGGUACUUUAUGUCAGUCUUCUCAUCCAAGUACUAACGAGCCCUGAACAUACUCAGCUUCCCAAAACAGAGAGGCUUCGGUAUAUUAUGGGUAGAUUGGUGGGUCCACAUUGAGGGUCUGCUGAGAUUCUGUACUUUACAGCUCCUGGAAUGUGUAUGUUAAAGAAGCCUUAUUUCACAAUGUAAUAAAUGCAGAUUUUUUUUUCAGAUAUUUUUUCAGUUGAGCAGUAUACAAAAGGUUAAAGGUUAUAGGUUUGAUAAAAUUAUAGUAGGAUAACACCAGAAAGCAUAAAUUCAAGAUUAGAAACCCAAGUGGAAAAUGGCAAGAGUUCUAUAUCACUAGAAAUAUAUAUGCAUGGAUCUACUUGAAUUUUUGUGCAAUGUUCCGCUAUAAUUUUGUAUUUUGUUUCCUUGUUGUGCCUUAUUCUGCCACAUAUAUGCAAUAUUAGUCAAAAUAUUUACCCUUUAUAUUCUGCUGCCUUGUAUUUUUGUGCAGAAAAUAUAUACCAUGUCUUUCAGUAGAAGUUAUACACCGUACUAAACAUUUUGGACUUGCAUAUUUUUUUAAUGAAGGAGGAUGCUUGAGGUUUUUUUUUAGAGCAUUCUUCUUUCCCCCCUCAGCUUCCUUAUUUUAAAAUAGUAUUCGAGGUAAAAGCUAAACAUGUCCCAGUUCAAACUGAGAUUAUGUUGUGUCAAUUAGUCAAUAAAAUACAGUGUCAACUGUUUGAAAUUUCUAAACGUUCUAGAUAUGGAUUAAAUUCUAUUAAUACUAUAGUUCUAUAUAAAUCUAAUCAAAAGUCCCAUCCACUUCAGUGAAGUUUGUUGUUGGUUGUGUAUUGUAGAGCUGCAUUUAAUGGUACUAACUUCUGAAUAGUCAUCUGUAAGAUUCUACUGUAAUAAGCAUGUCCGGGUUGGAGAAUUACAAAGGAACUCUUGCUUUUUGUUUAUAACCAAUUUUAUUAUUACUACCAUUGCUGUCUUAAAAGUUCAGGGCCUCUUACAGUGUAAAAAUAAAAAAUCCAAAAAACA